GGCGUAACCGGCAAAUUUCAAUAACAAAGGUCGAUCAGGUGCAAUAAUAAUGUCUAAUUAGGUCUUUUCAUCCCAGAAUUUCUUCUCCCACAUUGGAAAUCCUUGGUGUCUGAGUUCUAGAACCCGUUGUCACUGUGCAGAAUUCUUCAAUGGCCGAGAAAGAGGACGAAAUGGUCGACAAGUCGAGUCCGAGGAGCAUCGAGCUGCCUGACAAAAUCAGGGUUUUUGACAAUUUGAAGAAUGCAAAAAGAUUUGCCAUUGACAUCGGUGGAUCACUUACCAAAAUUGCCUAUUACUCAACAAUAUCCCAGAGACGAGUUUUGUAUGGACCUUUAAAUAAGGAGGAAUCUGCUUCAUACGAGGAGACGCUUAUGUAUGAUGUGUCUGAAGGAGCUCGUUUGCAUUUCAUCAAAUUUGAGACGAGAUACAUUUCACACUGCUUGGACUUCAUCCAGCAAAACUUGGUCAACGCUCGUGAUCACAUGCUUGGCAAGAGCAUCAAGGCCACCGGGGGUGGAUCGUACAAGUACACGCAGUUGAUCCACGAAAAAUUGGGCUUGUCAGUUGACAAGGAAGAUGAAUUGGGCUGUCUGAUCAAAGGCUGCAACUUUCUUUUGAGGAACAUGACUGACGAGGCCUUUACUUUCUGCCGACAUGCAACGCCGGAAUACACUUUCAUGAAAGCUCAAUCUCAUAUUUUUCCCUACAUCCUGGUCAAUAUUGGUUCAGGAGUCAGCGUUCUGAAAGUCGAGUCUGAGGACAAAUAUGAGAGAAUCGGUGGCACAGCUACUGGAGGAGGAACAUUUUGGGGACUAGGCUCACUUUUGACAUCAGCGAAGGGGUUUGAUGAGCUUUUGGCUUUGGCGGAGAAAGGUGACCACAGAAAUUUGGACAUGCUGGUCAAGGAUAUUUACGGUGGUGACUACCAACUUCUUGGCCUGCCAGGAGACCUCAUUGCCUCGUCAUUUGGCAAGGCGAUGCACGCUCAAAUCCAGAAGGACAAAAGCAGCGAAACGGGCAGUGAAUAUUCCGAGGCAGACAUUGCCAGAAGCCUCCUCUUCACAAUCAGCAAUGAUAUAGGGCAAAUCGCCUGCCUUUACGCAAUGAUGCACAACAUGCCAAGAGUUUACUUUGGUGGAUACUUUUUGCGGGGUCACCCUCUCAGCAUGCACACAAUUUCCUUUGCCAUCAACUACUGGAGUCGGGGACAAGUGCAAGCACUGUUUUUGAGGCACGAGGGCUACUUGGGAGCAAUAGGUGCUUUUCUAAAAGGAGCCGAAGAAUGCGAUUCUGACAAGUAUUCGUGGAUGGAGAACUUAGCUGGCAGUGCUCACGAGCUCAAUUUUACAAUCGACCCAAUGCAAAUGGAGCCUGUUUCUCCUCCCGCCAAUCUUGUUCUCGGGCAAUUGGAAAUGGAUCGUUGGGAACAUCCAGUCACCUGCUUUCCCAUUUUAGCUGACCCUGAGAAUUACAAUCCGGACACUGUCGACUUAAAUAAAGAUGCGGAAGCAAGAAAUUAUUGGUUAGAAUGCUUCCGAGACGCCACUUCAAAAUAUGUUGACCGAGCCAUCCAAAGUCAGCCUCACAGUGAAACUGCAGAGGAGCGUGCCCACAAAUUUAGAGACAAGUACUUGAACCGACUGCAGUACCUUCAGGAAAAACCCUUUGCUUACGGUAAUCUAACUGUGCGAAGUUUGUUGGACACAAUUGAGCACCUACUGAAGGAAUUUGAUUUCCCUGACCCGUACUUAAUGCAAAAGAAGCAGGAGAAUGAGACUGCAUUGGCUCUGCUUCCGGCACGACUGCAGCUUUUGGACCAGCUCGACGAAAUGGAUAAACACCACGAGCUGGUCAAAGCUAUUUUGGCAGGCAACAUGUUCGACUGGGGUGCCAAAGAGGCUGCUGCUCUCAUGUCACAAAAUGGUUUUGGCUUGGACGAGGCUUCGUCAAGACUGCAAAAAAGACCAUGGCUAGUGGAUGGGAUGGACUGCUGGCUUAGAAGACUGGAUGGCCCUGCUCACAAAUGUGCAGCAAUUUUUGUGGACAACAGUGGCAUCGACAUUGUGCUCGGCAUCAUCCCCUUUGCUCGAGAGCUUCUGAAACGCGGCACCGAUGUGAUUCUCUGCGCCAACUCAGCUCCGGCUCUCAACGACGUGACGCACUCGGAGUUGCAGGAGCUACUUCGAAAAGUGAGCACCAUGUGCCCCAUCAUCGAGAGCUCCCUUCGAGAUUCAAGACUGGUGGCUAUGGGCACAGCCCAGGCUGGACCAUGCCUAGAUUUAAGCCGUGUUUGUCGAAACUUGACCAACACUCUAGUACAAAAAGAGGUGGAUUUGAUAGUGUUGGAGGGCAUGGGCCGCGCCCUUCACACCAACCUCACUGCCCGGUUCACUUGCGAGUGUCUGAAGGUGGCUGUGAUCAAGAACAGAUGGCUAGCCAAUAGGCUAGGCGGUGAAAUGUUUUCUGUCAUCUGCCAAUAUGAAUCGCACGGAGACAAUUGAACUGUCAGCAUACUUUUUUUAGUCAAAUUGGAUAUUUCUGGUGAAAUUUAAAAAAAAAAAUUAUUUCAAAGCGCUUCUGUGAGCGAAAGACGGAUAAUGUUUGGGCUUCUUUCAAGUUUAUUAGAUCAUUAGACAGAUUGUUGAUAAAUCAAAAGAAAUUUUCUCAGGAAAGUUUUUUUUAUAAUAUUUUUAUUAUUUUUUUACCUAAUUAUUUUUGAUUAAUAUAUUUUAAAAUUUAGAGGCUUUAAAAUACUUAAAUUGACUUAAAUAAUUUCAGCUAGACUGUAAAUUAAGGAUUGAAUGACUGUACAAUUUUACUACACUAGACCAUUAUGUACGGCAAUAAAUUUUGCAUUUAUUGUACAAAUAUCUGACGCUUACCUAUUAUUAAUUGUUCUUUUUGACACUACUAUGAUAAUUCACACCCUGUUAAAUUCUGCAAUUUGGUCCAAGUGCCGAGCAAGUAUUUCACUGCUCCACCCAUUGCGGCGGAAACAAUUUCAGGGCCAGGUAGGCUGCUCUCCCUCGCAGGGAGUUAACGGUACCUUCAGAGAAACAUGGCUGCCGUUGAGAUGCACUGCUGACACACAAGAUCCAAAUUUAGCCACUUUUCGCACCCUGCAGGAAGUGGAGCACUGGCCGUGGAUGAUAAGGGAGAGCCGU